AUGAAAAGGUCUAUGCACACAUUUCAUGACACAAGAGUCCAUGUGUGUCUCUACUUCAUUGCUCCUACAGGACAUAGUCUUAAAUCGAUCGAUUUGGUUGCAAUGAAAAAAUUGGAAAAUAAAGUGAAUGUUAUUCCCAUUAUUGCGAAAUCUGACACCAUUACCAAGUCUGAAUUGCAAAAGUUUAAAGCAAGGAUUCUCAGUGAGAUACAGUCCAACGAGAUUGGUAUCUAUCAAUUUCCUACUGAUGAUGAGGCUGUUAGUGAAACUAACAGCAUUAUGAAUCAACACAUACCAUUCGCUGUUGUGGGUAGCUCAGAAGAAACUAAGGUCAAUGGCAAGACAGUACGCGUACGACAAUAUCCCUGGGGUUCAGUUCAAGUGGAGAAUGAGAGUCAUUGUGAUUUCGUUCGACUGCGAGAAAUGUUGCUGCGUGUGAAUAUGGAAGAUUUACGUGAACGUACACAUGGAGUCCACUAUGAAACGUAUCGACGCCAACGUUUAAUUGAAAUGGGAUUUCGUGAUGAUGAGAAAAUGUCACUUCAAGAAACUUACGAGAAGCGCCGUGAACUUCAGAGGAAAGAGUUACAACAAAAAGAAGAGGAAAUGAGACAAUUGUUUGUUCAACGCGUUAAAGAGAAGGAACAGGUUUUAAAAGAAGCAGAACGUGAGCUCCAAACCAAAUUUGAAAACCUGAAAAAGACUCAUGCAGAAGAAAAGAAGAAACUUGAGGAGAAAAAACGUAUCUUGGAAGAAGAAAUAGCCGCUUUUGAGCGCCGUAAACAACUUGCAGAACAAGCAAGACAAGGGAAUUUAACUAUGAAGAAAAAGAAAUAG